AUGUCUCCAAGAGCUGACCGCCCCGGUUUCGAUGUCGGCUCACUCUCCGAAGUGUUCGCUGAUACCUCCGAAGUAGGUCCGCGUACUUUGUACAAUGGAGAGUAUGACAUGAAUACCCCAUCGAUCCCUCCAUCUACCCCGCAAUUUAACAUAGACAAUAUAUCCAAACGUCAGUUGACACAUCGCAAUAUGAGCAUGAAAGCACUCGUCUACACAGGACCAGGAACGGUUGAACUUUUGGACCGCCCAAAGCCGACCGUUCAGAUACCCACCGAUGCCGUUGUCCGUUUGUUACAUGCGUCUAUCUGCGGCACGGAUCUGCAUAUCAUCAAAGGUGACGUGCCCAAUAUCCAACCAGGAUUGGUUCUCGGCCAUGAGGGAGUCGGGAUUGUCGAGGCCCUCGGUUCUGCUGUCCAUGCAUUCGCGGUCGGCGAGCGCGUCCUCAUCUCGUGUAUGACCUCAUGCGGGGCAUGUCAAUUUUGCAGAAGAGGUCUCUGUGCACACUGCACGAAUGGUGGGUGGACUUUGGGAAACCAGAUCGAUGGCACUCAGGCGGAAUAUGUCCGUGUGCCACACGCUACCCUUUCACUCUACCCGCUGCCCGAGUCGAUUGAUUCCCGCGCCGCAGUCGCGGUGUCAGAUGCCUUCCCUACUGGACUCGAGUGUGGCGUGCUCAGUGCGAAUGUUCAACCGGGAGCGACGGUAGUGAUCGUAGGAGCGGGCCCGGUGGGGAUGGCUGCCCUCCUCACGGCCCAACUAUACACCCCCGCCUUGAUUGUGGUGGUUGACCUGGAUGACACGCGACUCGCAACGGCGGGCAGAUUGGGGGCACACGCGACGGUAAAUUCGGGAUCAGAAGAUGCAGAGCGACGGCUCAUGGAGCUGAGCGAGGGUCAUGGAUUCGACUCGGUCAUCGAAGCGGUCGGCAUUCCGGCGACGUUCGCCCUGUGUCAAAAGCUGGUGGGUAUCGGGGGUAGAAUCGCCAAUGUGGGUGUGCACGGGACCAAGGUGGAUCUUCACCUGGAGACGUUGUGGGAGCGAAACAUCAGCAUUCACAUGUCCCUUGUCAACGCUACCACGACAUCUCGUCUCCUGCGGCUUGUGGAAUCAGGAAGAUUGAACAUUAGCUCUCUAGUGACUCACCACUUCCCUUGCUCCCAGGCAACCCAAGCCUACGAUACAUUCCAAGCAGCCUCUCGGCACCGGGCGCUCAAAGUUGCUAUUGAUUUCUGA